AGGCAAAAGUGCCCAAUCACAGAGGAGGCCAUUUCAAGAUGUCUCUGCACCUUGGUAACCUAUCAUCUCGCAUUCGUAGAGAUGAACUUGAGCGUGUUUUCCGGAGAUUCGGACGGUGUAAUGUUCGCGUGAAAGACAAAUUUGGAUUUGUAGUUUAUGACUAUCCUAGAAAUGCUGAGAAAGCUCUAAAAACACUUCGAGGAAAGUUCAUAUGUGGAGAGCCAAUAAGUCUUUCAUGGUCUAAUAAGCAGCCUCAGUUCUUGCAGAAAUAUACACGAGAUGUUAAAUCUUUUGAAGCAGUAGGAAGGACGCACUCUGCUAGGGAAGAUUAUGUUGACCAUGUUAAUCGUGGGGUUGGUUCAAAUGGGGAACAAGGUUAUAAAGAAAUUUGUAGGCAAGGGAAUGGUGGCGAAAGGCUUCCUGCUGAAAUUACAAAUGAGGCAUGCCAUGAGAAUAAGAAAGAUUACAAGGAACAUCAUCCUUUUGUGGAUGAUCUUCCGGAUCAAGGUGGAGGUGUUGAGGGAAACCUCUCAAAAAAUGAUAAUCAAAUGAAUGAAAAUGUCCUUGAGGAUGGAUUGGAGUUUGAUAGAUAUGAACCUAAUGAGGCUGAUGAGCGGAAGGAGCAAAAUGUUUUGACACACAGGGAUGGUUCACUCUCUUUGAGGAAGCCUGAAGAGAAAGCAGGAGUAGAGCAAAUUGAUCCGACGACUCAAAAUGCUUGUUACAACUGUGGUGAAGCAGGUCACAAGAUGCAGAAGUGUCCCCAGGGGAUCAAGAGGCUUGAAUCCAGGACUUCAAGAAGACUUCGAGCUGGUCGUGGCACAAUAUCAUUGAGGAUGACCAAAGGUACCAGGGAGGCUAUUGAUUCCAGAGAUGGCCAUAGAUUGAGGAGUGAACCUUCUCCUUCAGCAAGGACGACUCAUAGAGGCGGAAGAAACAACCACAGAGAAAACAAGCGAUGUUGGAAGGAACGGGGGAGUAUUGAGAAGUUUCUUCCAAAGAAAGCCAGGGUGUCAAUAUCACCUUCAUAUCAUUCGAAUCAUACUUCAUCUCAGUCACGGUCCUCUUCUAGGUCAAUGAGGUCUUUGUCUCAGUCUCCCUCACCAUCUAGGUCAAAAUUAGUAUCCUCCAUUAAAGAUUCUCCAUUUUCCAGUUCACAGUCUGGUUCAUCAACCCUUCAUACUAGAGGUAGAAGUUACAAGUCUAAUAUGAAGUCGAGGUCAAGCUCUCCUACAUCAUCUUCGUCUCCGGAAAAGGUGCAGAAAGAUCAGAAGGCCACUUUUGUGGAUGCUGGUGACCCUCAGUCUAAUGGAGUUUUAUUUGAAGGGGAACCACUGGAAAAUAGUGCUGCUAGAAUGGAUGAUUCUAAGCUUGAAAACAUCAUUGUUCAAGUGGAAAAUCAAGGUGACGCUGCAGUUUGUGAACUGGAAGAGGAUGUUGAGCAUGAUUGUUGUCAGAGGAGGGAUGCAAUAAAUAUAGACAAAGAUUCUUGUCAAUGGAAAAAUUCAAAUACCACAGGAUCUGACACGUGUGAUCUUACAACAUGGAGUGCAUCUCCAAAGAGUUUGGCAGAGACAAGGGAGCUUCAAAAUAAUGAUGUGGUGGAAGAGCAGACAUGGGCACAAAAUCCAAAUUCUGGUUCACCAGUUGCUGAGAGGCUUCAUGCCGCUACUUUGACAAGUCUAUCCUCAGAGGAAGUAUACCGGGUUCUCAAACACUAUGGGCUAGAGAACCAAGAGAAGAGAGAAAAUGAGUUACCUGUGGAAACUUAUUUUGGUUGUUCUCGCUUGUGGCCUUGGGAAAUCAUUUACUAUAGGAGACUUAAGAAGGGCCUCAUUUCAACUGAGAACUAUUCUAGGAGGUUGGCGCAGAAUAAAGAGUUUGGUAUAGUGGACAAAUUUGUAAGAAGCAGUAGUGGUUGGGCAGAAUUGAGAAAAGAAAAUAGUUAAUCGCUUCCUUUGACCGAUCGAUGCAUCAUAGUUCAUGCUUUUUCCUUGUGAUGCUAUGCAGAAAUUGGUUAGAGAGCUUUUACUGACCCUUCAGCAGAUAAACAAAUCACUGGUGAUUGGAAGUAUUACGUUCAAAUGAGAAUGGUAUAUUCUUGCAACCAAAGUUACCAACCGCUUUGAAUUGGAAGAAUAAAACUUGAGAGACUCGCCUGUAAGAUUUAUCUAGUUACUUUCUUGGCUCUGCGUGCUCUACUUCCUAUACCAUAGUCAGCUAAAAUGUCCUCCAAGAAAAGAAAAAUCAGUUUAUUGGUUUAUGUUGGCUAAGUGUGGCAAAAUGCUAAAUGACCAUAAUCUGGAAUUAAACUUGUUAUUAACAUCUUAAGGACUACUGAAGUUCUUUAGUCGUGGCUGAGAUAAUUAAGAAUUAGGAGUAGCAAGAAUUUGGAAAUAUAAGACUGUUGGAGUUGGUAUAAAUGCUAGUUGCUUUGUUAUGUAGUACAUGUAGCUGUGUUGGUAGGAGGCAAUAGGUACUUGGUGAAUUGGUUGAUGUGUGGCAACUUAUAAAAGAAAUAUACUAGUUGCUCACUUGCUUUGCGAUAGCUAUAUGUCAAUCUUGUUGAAAUCAUAUUUAUGACUAAAAGAAAAGCACAAAGAAUUUUAGCUUGAUAUAAUGUUGCAUCCGUUGGUAGAAUUGACAUAGUAUCCAUUGAAAAGUAUAAGGUGGAAUGUCUGAGGUUGUUUCUUUGACUCAAAAUAGGUUAGUGUAUUCCUAAGCUGCAAUCCCUGUUGGCCAGGAUACAAGUGUAUGUUGUUUUUAACCUAGCUACUUUUAAGAGAAAACCCCUUUUUGAUACAGCAAGAUGUCCUUUUGGAGAAAAAACAAGGUGGUUAACUCUAUCAUAAAAAACUGGUGGGGAAGUUCGGAAUAAGACUAUGUUGUGUGCAAAUGAUGAUGAGAUCACCUGUUUUUCAAUUUAUGGGAACCUUGUACCUUACGUCGUUGCAUGUUUAGUUUUUCUAUUAAUUGAUAUACGUAUGCAUACAGUUGCUUGUUGUACGUUGUUCACUACUACCAGCUCACGGUCACAAGCUUUCUUGUGCGAAUAAGUCAAUAACUUGCUGAAAUUUGCAAUUUCUAUUUUCUUUAUUUAUCUAGUGUAGAGGCAGAUUGAAAAGUAGAUGAACUGAUUGCAGAGUGUCAUUGCCUGCCAUGAUGGUGUUUUCUGUUUUAAGUACUGCAUCAUUCUAAGUUCAUGCUUCCCAAUAUUCAUUGUUGACAGUAUUAAUGCACUUUGUUUGGUUCUAAAUUGGGGUACGGUAUGCCUGCAUUCAUGAUGUCGCUGCAAGUAUAUGUUCUCAACUCUAUCCUUAGUUAUAGGCAUGAAAUUUGCCUUCUAAAAUUAUGUAUAGGUUUUGUUUUCUUAUUGACUAGCUAAAUGCUAUGCGUCAUAUUAUUGAUGGUGCAACUGACACCAGCUCUAGCUUUGUUUUUGUUCAAUUAAAAGUGAUGGUGAGAGGAUGGAGUGGUUGUAGUUUUGGCUAUAUUUUGAGGUCAAAUUAAUUCUUUCUACUGUGAUGUCGCCUUUGCUAUUUCAAUUUGCUGUUUUUGUGGUUUA